AUGGUGGAAUAUGGCAAUUACACGGAGCUGAACUACGGUGACACGCCAUACCCGGACGAUGGAACUCAAUGGUUGGAUUCACCUACGUCCAACCAAGUGUUGGGCAUCGAAGAGACCGAAGAGACGUCCACCAUACCGUCGGACAUGAUACCCACAGGGACCGGAGGUGAGUACCUAAAUGUGCACUUGCCUCGUGCCUUGCUCCAAGUCGAAUAA